AUGUCGCAGCCAGGAGCACGACAGCUCUCCACACCCACUAGGCGGAGGGAUAGCGCCAAGGUAAUAUCUGCGAGGAUUCGAGAGCUAGAGGCCCGCUUGGCUUUGUAUGAAUCUCCAGCUUCACAGGGAGAGCCAGGAAGAUUCGAGAUUCGGCCAUCAUCCGCGAGGACUGUGGACCCUCAACAAGCUACUAGUACUCCAUUGUCAGAUGCAGAAUACUCGGCACAGCGUAUAAAUACCGAGCGCGACAUUGGCUCAAGCCAGGAUUUUGGAAACCGGGUACAGACGUUGUUUGAGCAGCGAUCAGUACAAUCGCCAGAAUUCCUCCGAACACCCCGCAAGUCGAUGCGAGAAAGCCUCUUUCCCGAGAAGAGACCAGCCAUCAAGGGAAAGCAGAUCUCGGCCACUGGUCACUAUUCUUUGCCAAAUCUUCCCCGCGAGCAAGAGGCCUAUCAACUGCUCGACAGCGUUUUGUUUUAUUUCGGCGAAAUGCAGUAUCUUUUUGAUGCCCGCGAUGUUUCUGAUCAGCUGGCUACUUUCUAUGCAAAUUUGCAAGAAAAUUUUCAAAAUCCUACCAUUGGAUUUCUGCAGGCUCUCGUCAUCUUCGCUCUCGGAAGGCUAGUUCGAGGUGAAUCGGAUGUACCGGACUCCUUCCCAGGCUAUGCCAUGUUCAAUUAUGCCCUCGAUCUCCUUCCAAAUCCAUCAGAGCUUCGCGCCCAUGGGGUUGCGGGUAUCGAGAUUUUGGUCAUCAUCACAUUCUACCUUCAAAACAUCGAUCGAAAGGAUGACUCAGCUUCUUAUAUCGGGCUUGCCAUUCGCUUAGCCAUGUUGCACAACCUGCAUCGAAAAGAGAGUUUGCAAUCCUUACGUCGAUCAGAAGCUACACAUGCGAGUCGACUUUGGUGGACAGUCCACAUGCAGGACAAACGCCGGUUCUUUUCACCACUGAUCUCCCCUGAAGUAAUAUACAGCAACGAGUCAUGCCCGAAAGACGAAUUUGUUGCGGGUGUCAAAGACAUCAUCUCGUCCCUUAAUCAACUUGCAAAGCAGAUUUCUCAAGGCCCCGGCUCUGGCAGUUCUCUGUUCAACCAGCAGUCAUCAAAGAAAGAUCUCCGAUUAAGCAUUUCCUUGUAUACUAUUCUUUAUCAGUCAAUAAUUCUUACUCUGCGACCAAUUGUCUUGCACUUGACAAAAUCAAUUCUCGGCGGUGAAACGACGUUUUCCGAAAGCGGUAGCGCCUUCCAGCAGUUGACGUGUACAUGCAUUGAGGCUGCUCGCAGAUCAUUGGAACUCAUGAUAGUGGCACAGAAGGAAGAUAUGAUAGCAAAAUUUGGCUUUUUUGAUCUCGACACAAUUUUCUCUGCUGGAUUCAUUAUGCUCCUAGCUGCAAUCAUCGAAUCGACAAACAACACCGAAGGUCGACAACUUGCAUUUUUGAAACCAAGUCCUGGUAUUUCGGAAUCGCUGAAGCUUCUCGACUUCCUGGCUGGGUACCACAAUCAGGCUGCUAAGGCUCGCCGAGACCAAAUCCAGCGACUAUACGAGCAUAUCCCGGCGUUACUCGAAAGCCUACGUGCGGGAAGAACAAGCGGCGACAGGAAUAUACCCUCGCCCCUGGGAUCCUGUAAUGGUCAAUCUGCACCGACACCUCGUUCCACAGGCGGCAGUGAGCUUAACCAAUCUCAGCCUCCUCACAGCAAUCUCUGGGACUUUGAUAGUGGUGGAAAUUUACUAGAUGGAUACGCAUCGGGGUCCUUGCCAAUGCAGUUUCCGACCGAUCCUCAUACGAUGUACUCACUAUAUCCGGGAGAUGAUUUUGUUCUGACAGGGGGUGAUUUGGCCGAUUUUGAGGAGCUCCAACGUCAUUUGCUUGGGCCUGAUAGUGUUAUUUGA